CCCAUUCAUCAAGUGACCUCGGGGGGGGCCUCAUGCCAUGAGCCAUGAGGCGACAUGAGGUCGACAACGUGGGCGUGACUGGCCCAAGGCGUCCGGUCCAUGGCGGUGAGCGAGGGCCUGGAAGAACACCUUCCGCCGCGCCGCGACCGGCGCCGCUCGCUGAAGCCCCAUGUCGCCUUGUUGGGGCGGCGGAACUCCAAACCAACUCCGCAAGGCAAAGAAGCGAACCUCUUCGCCGAGGAUCCCUUGCAGUUCCGUCGACCGGAGGGGACCGUGGAAGCUCGCUGCUCCCAGUGUGGUGAUGGAGAUGCCUGCAACAGGUGUGAACUCCAAGGUCCUCUGCAGCCGCAAGAGCCACAGGCGCUGGUGGAACCACUUGCUCGGAAGCGCCCUGAAGGAGGGCUUCCCCGAAGGAGGACGGUGGACGCCCUUCGUGGAGCUUCGAAUCUGCACAAAGCAUUGCAGGGCUACCAGAUGCGGCUUCAAGUUGUCGCCAUCGAACUCUGGAAAGAGGCACUAAUGGAGGAGGAGCAAAUUGGUCCAUCCAACAUUGAACUUGAGGCCUCCGACGUCCCAAUGGGCUCCUUGUUGUGCUCCUUGUCCUCGGUGGAAGUCGCGGAGGAGGAGGAGGAGGAGGUGGAAGUCCAUGGCUGUCGAAGUCCACAGCUCUCCCAAAGUCUGGAGAACGUGCAUGAGUGGCGACGGCGCAAGCACUUGGGCAGGAUUUGUAUCGCUUGGCGGCGCCUGGCGGCCAGGCGCUUGGCACGGCGGCUCAUCAACAAGGUUUGUAUCCAAUUCCAUGCGCAGGCGAUCCUGAAAAAGGCCUUUGCAGCAAUGCGGCAGACUUGGCGACAGAGCCGCGCUCGACGAUUGGCCGUGCUUCAGGUCAUGGAUCAGUGGUUGGAGGAGCGGCUCUGGCAAGAAGUGCUGAGAUCUCUUCGAUUUUGGAGGUCUCGGGCCGCAGCGGGUGCCCUCCGCCGCCGUGGUGGCAUUGCUCUGAAACGCUUCUUCGACGCAAGCUGUGUCAGACGAUGGCUAAGCAUUUGGAUGUCCAAUGCUGUCUGGGUGAAGAGAAUCUCCGCGGGCCUGGCCAGCCUGGACGGCCGGCGAGAGGCGCGGCUGAGGACCAACGCCCUGGUCGCUUGGCGCCGUGUGCUUCGCCGAGAGCGUGUGGCCCAGCGGGUCUCGGAUCAGAAGCAGUGCCAGAUGGUUCAGAGCGUGCUGAAGCUAUGGGCCAAUGCCUGGCGCGCCCAACGCUUCCACCAGCUGCGCUGGGCCUCGAAGGCUUGGCGAGGCUUCCUCCAAGAGCUUCGCCGACAGCAAGCCGGGAAGUGCAUCCGUGCGCAAGGUCGAGCCUACCAAGCUCGAGCCGCCUUACUUCGCUGGAACGUCGCCAUCUCGCUCCGCCGGCGCGAAGUUCAUCUUCGUCAGAGCCUCCGGGUGUGGCACCUUGGCCUCAUACUACAAAGAUGGCAGAGUCUAAAGGCAGCUACAGCCCUGGAGGUCAGACGCCUACAGCGUUCCACCCUUUGCUCUUGGCAUGCCACAGCAGGGCAGUUGAUCACGGAGCGCCGGCAGCGGGAGCUCAAAACCUUGGGAACGACAGGUCAAGGCUCUGGUCCUACUCAGUGGCAGAAGAGGCAGCAACGCCGUGCUUCGGGCCAGUGCUGGAAGUACUGGGUGCAGGUGGUGGAGCAGAAGAAGCGCCAGAGACGAAGGCUGCAAGAGGCGAAAGGAGAGAUACACAAACUCGUCAUCACCCAGGCACUCUGGCUCUGGCACCGCCGUGCACGGGACUCCGCGGCGCGUGCGGAUCAGAUUCAGCGGGCUUCCACGGCUCUCGUGGCCGUGAUCUCUGCCUCCCGAUGGGCCCGGGCUCACGACAGCCUGGUCCAUUGGUUCACUCAUGCCCGCGCACGCAGGAUCAAGUGUCGCGCGACGGAUCUCAGUGGCGAGACCCUCCCAAACCUCUCGGUCUCGGGACCGAUGCCCCUGGAGACGUGGGACUCGCCCCCCUGCACGUUUGGGGCCAGGCACAGUGCCAAGUCGCGUGGUGGCAGCCACACAAGCGACUUGAGGAUGAGUGAUGAGGUCAGCGCAGAUGAGACCGUGUCGGUCAUUUCCAUAGCGACCCCUCCACGGAUGCUUUGCCCAAAGAUGAAGCGAUGGUCGAAACUGGCCGUUCUGCUCCGGCUGAGCAACUCAGAAGCGCUCAAAGCACUGCCCCUUCUGCAGUGGUCUUGGAGUGUGUGGCGCACCAAGCGGUUGCGCUCCCAAGUGCAUCCCUUGAGAUGGUGGUGGCUGAUGCUGGCAACGUCCAAGCUCAGGACCCAUGUGCUGCGGCAAGACUUCCGACGCCUUCGCCGUGGUCUCAAGGCCUGGUACCACGCGGUGGCACUGUCCAUCAAAGAGGCGGUGCAACAUGCACAAGAAGAACUCACGACGUGCAAGGCCCUCUUUCGUGACUUAGCGGCGGACAAGGUCUUGCGUGAGGGCGUAUGGGAACAAUCGGAAGCUCCGUGUAAGACCAGCAAAGAUCUCGUGCCAGCUCGAUCAGCUGAUGUGUGGGACCUGGACGCUAACAUGCUAGCACUGUAGGUGGAUUUGCUCCUUUGGGCCUUCAGCAGCUGGGUCGUUUGGGCACGUCUGGCGACAGGCUGAGACAGCUGGUGCGGAUCAUUGGAAGAGAUGACUAGC